GAGCGGCGCCGGGUCCUGGGCCGCGCCGCGGGAGCACAUCCCGAGCCGGUCUCAGGGAUGCUCCAGGCCCCCUUCGGGACCUGUGUUUCCCACCGUGGGCAGAGUGGAGGAUCCACAGAACUUUUGCUCUGGUAUACGUAUAGUCUCUUGGCUCCUCAGCCCUGCCUUUGAGAUGAGGGGACUGGGCAACGGGCGUCGGAGCAUGAAGUCGCCGCCCCUUGUGCUGGCUGCCCUGGUGGCCUGUAUCAUUGUCCUGGGCUUCAACUACUGGAUCGCCAGCUCCCGGAGCGUGGAUCUCCAGACACGAAUCAUGGAACUGGAAGGCAGGGUCCGCAGGGCGGCUGCAGAGAGAGGCGCUGUGGAGCUGAAGAAGAAUGAGUUCCAGGGAGAGCUGGAGAAGCAACGAGAGCAGCUUGACAAAAUCCAGUCCAGCCACAACUUUCAGAUGGAGAGCGUCAACAAGUUAUACCAGGAUGAGAAGGCGGUGCUGGUGAACAACAUCACGGCGGGCGAGAGGCUCAUCAGGACGCUGCAAGACCAGCUAAAGGCCCUGCAGAAGAAUUACGGCAGACUGCAGCAGGAUGUCCUCCAGUUCCAGAAGAACCAGACCAACCUGGAGAGGAAGUUCUCCUACGACCUGAGCCAGUGCAUCAAUCAGAUGAAAGAGGUGAAGGAGCAGUGUGAGGAGCGAAUAGAAGAAGUCACCAAAAAGGGAAAUGAAGCUGUCGCUUCCAGGGACCUGAGUGAAAAAAAGGACCCAAACCAGCAGCUCCGAGCCCUUAGCGAGCCUCAGCCCCGGCCGCAGGACACAGGCCUGCCGCAGGCAGAGGCUCCACAAGGGAAAGGAGACGUGCCUGGCGACAGCGAGCCCCGGACCCCGGCCCCCAGUUCUGAGGCAGCUGUGGAUUCGAAGAGACAAGGUGACAAAGAGGAAACCAAUGAGGUUCAGGUUGUGAGUGAGGAGGCACUUCAGAGGGACAGCCCGGGGCUGCCACACGAGCCAGGCCAGGAGCAGGCUGUGGAAGAAGACAAACGUGCGGGUGGAAAAGGCGUUGGAGAAGUUGGCCGGACCCCACAGGUGCCAGCCACCCUGUUGGAGAGCCAGGAAAAUCAGGAGAUGGAGGGCCCUGCGCGGGACCAGCUCGUCAUCCCUGAUGGGCAGGAGGAGCAGCAGGAUGCUGACAAGGAAGGGAGAAACCAGCAGAAACCGGGAGGAGAUGAUGACUACAACAUAGAUGAAAAUGAAGCAGAAUCUGAAAGAGACAAGCAGGCAGCCCUUGCCGGCAAUGACAAAAGCGUAAAUGUUCUUAAUGCAGCAAAUCAGAAAAGAGACACAAUAAAUUUACUUGAUCAGCGUGAAAAGAGGAAUCACACUCUCUGAAUCAAACUGGAAUCCCGUGCUGUGUGUCAGGAUUGAACAGAGAACGCUACGAAAUAUUCAUGAGGGAUUGGAUACUGUGAAAUGCGCUAAGUCAAACAUACAUCUAAAGAUGAUUAUUGUGGAGUUUUAGUACCUACUUUAUGUAGGAAAAUGAGAUGGUCUUUAGACAGUUUUGGGGGGUACUUUUGAAGUGUGUAUAUUAAAAUGUCAAAAUUUGUCAGCUAAUAGGUAUUUCGUGAGUUCAACACCAAAAGUAGAACCCAAGUUCUUCAAGUAUGGCGACGGUGGCAGCUUCUUCUGGAAUAUAACUUUGUUUAAAAAAUAAAAGCCUGCAGGAAGAGUCCAUCUUCAGACGUGAAGGAGAGACCUGCGCGCUGGGGAACUCCUUUUUCUCGGUUCCCUCUGGAGUCACUCUCUUCUCCGCAUGCUGUGCCGAGUGACCGGUGCCAGCACGUUCUCUCUGUCCUCCCUGGUCAGCACUGAACCAUUGUUGGUUUAUGCUCUCAUACAUGCACUUCUGGUUCUGACAAUCAAUGUCCUAGAGCACCGACUGUUAACCCAAACAUCACUAGCCGCAGUUUUAAAUGAGUCUAAAUACAAAGGUGUUUUGUGUGAGAGUUUUUAGAAAGACUACUUGCAUAAUACCCUUGUCAUUAAUGUACAAAAUGCUUUCAAGUGACUUGUAAUUUGAAAACUUGUGGCCUAUACUUUGCUUAAUAUGUGUGAGCAAAGCAAAUCUUGUGUAAUAUACCAUAUUACCAAGAAGAGCCACAAGGGGCUUAGACCGACCCAGCAGGGGCUGAAGCAGAGCGGUGCGGCCACAGGCACUGUGGGCGACGCGGGCUCGCUGUGGACAGGCUGCCUGCUUCACCACUAGAGUAAGAGCAGAGGCAUGCAAGAUUAAGGAUCCGUGCAGUGUUAUGAAUUGGGAACGUUUAGAAAGGCAAGACAAAGGACUAGUCCUUUUGUCCUAGUCUACACAUUUAGCUUGUGGUAACUAUUACAAAACUGAUGUAAAAAUCAAGUUAGUUGGAAAAUGACUAAUCAUAAUUUACACUGACAAUAGUGACAUUAGGUUUGACUUGCAUUGGUUCUUAAUAUUUAGGGUAGUCAGGCCGUUGCCACUUGUGAAUAACUGAAAGUCACAGGAAUGACUUUCAGCGAGGCUCCCUAAAGGGUACAUGGGUGGUGAUGCUUAUUAAAGUGCAUUUCGAGUCACAGGAUGUGAGCUGCAGGGAACUCAGGUCAUUUGGUGUAACCCCUUUGUUUUCAGCGAGGAAACAGGGCCCAGAGAAAUUGUGGCGCUUAUCAGGCCAGAGAGCUGGUGAGCUGGAAUCCUGGCCUCACCCCCAGUGUGGACUCGCUGUGCCCCAGUAAUCACCCAGUCGGGACCUGGUUUGCGUCCAGGUCAAGAUCACCAACUUGAAUGGUCUUCGUGUAUGCUAUCCUUUUACCUAAUCACUGAGAUUCAACUCUUCACCCAGAAAAGGCAACUGAAGGGGUAUAAAAGUAGCUUUGCAGGAUUUUAUCUAAGUCCAUGUCCAAGCUCCCUUUGUGUCUUAGUCUUAGUGUUGAUAUUCUCUUGCUUUUUCAAAUAAUUAAUAAAACUUUUAUUCAUCUCAGUUUAAUCUGUGUGCACAGAGUUGCUGAGAAAUAAAAUAUUCUUUAUUAGUUAAACUUUUAAAACUGCUUUCAAUUUUCCCUUCAUCCCUUAUUGGAUCUCUAGAGAAUUAGCUUUAAAUUGGGGAUUAAGGAUGGUAGUUUGCCGUAAAUCUUUUGUGGAGUGAGAUGAGAUGUCAAUACGAAUAAAAAAUAACGAUGAUGGUUUCGUCUUCACAUACACAGGCACCCAAAGGCCAUUCAUUCAGGGGUGUGUACUGUGAGCUGUUUCUCCAGGCAAUCCUGCUUUAUUUACCGCUGGCUUCCCUUGGGAUCACAGGCACCUAUUCCAACGCAACAAUUUAGAGGUGUCAUGGCUGUUUAAAAAAACCCAAAAACCUGUGUAAUAAGCAUCAGGUAGAUAUCAAAACCAACCUUGGUCUUUUGGUUUCAUCCAAAAUUAAAUUUAGCAGCUAUCCAAUUUUUAACAGGUGUAAACUCUUUAAUUCACACCUUCCUCUGUACUCUCACAUGGCGUGUAGACAGGAGUGGAUUCGUUUGGUCUUUGUCUCCUACAGAUAGGACUGCAGAUGGAGAUUCCCUAAGCAACACUGGAUUAGAUUCCACGAGUAAUCCAGUCACUGCACAUACUUAAUGUACUUCUGUGUGCUGGAUUUGAGAAAUCGUUACCUGUGAAGUCACUGUGCUGUCAUUAAAUAACUAGAUUGGUCACUAGCAUGACUCUUGUUUUAAUUGGUAAUAGCUGGUAAUAGCUGGUUACCAUUCCCAGUCGAGUGCUUGAAGAGAAUGGUGAAAUCAGGGUCAUUUAAGGUCCAGGGGGGGCAGUCUGCUCCCACUGUGUAUUUUAGCCUGAAAGACUAUUCAUUAUAAAUAAUGGUAGUUUAUAGGACAGUCAACUUCUAACACUUGUCUUUGAGAUGAAUUUUAGAAUAAAUAUGUAAAUUUAAAA